AUGCGCUCCCUCAUCAGGAGGAUUCCUACACAAUUUCAUGUCGUCAGCGUUCUCUUUGCUCUAACCUAUGCGGGAAAAGAGGAAGUUCAGAGGCAUCUCGAUCUUGGAAAAGAGUUUCUUGCGAAGGGGCAAUUUGCUGAUGCCUUAUCUCAUUACCAUGCAGCCAUCGAUUUGGACCCUUUAAAUUACCAAACAUUAUAUCGGAGAGCUACCGUGUAUCUCGCCAUGGGUAAAAGUAAAUCUGCCGUUCCAGAUCUUGACAAGGUUAUCGAACUUAAAGGAGACUUCAUAGCUUUAGCCGUAGAACCACGGAAUGCAGAAGUAGCCGCUAAAGCAGAACUGAUCGCUGAUUUGCGGCAGUAUCUUCACCAAGCUAAGUCUUUCUUCGAACGAGCGGACUACCAUUCUGCUGAGUAUUACUUGAACAAAGCUGUUGAGCAUCUCGUCUGGGAUCCUUCAUUGUAUCGCCUUCGAGCUAAAUGUCUGGAAUCACGGGGUGAAGUGAGAAAGGCUAUCGCUGAUAUGCGAACUCUCACAAAAUUGGUAGCAGACAGUACGGAGGAUUACUUAAGGAUCUCACAGCUCUACUAUGGAAUCGGAGAUGUUGAAGAGUCACUAACGCAAGUUCGUGAGUGCCUCAAGCUAAAUCCUGAUCACAAAGAAUGCUUCCCGCUCUACAAAAAAGUUAAGAAAAUUGUGAAAAUGAGAGAAUCCUUGAAUGACGCCAAGAGUCGUGAAGACUGGAUGGGUUGUCUAGAGAAGGGUCAACAAAUUCUCAAAGCCGAAACGAAAGUAACAGAAGUUCAGAUGGACGUGUACAGGCAUCUGUGCAAGUGCAAUACGGAGCUUGGUCAUACCAACGAAGCCAUUCAACAAUGCACGGAUGUACUAGAGAAUAGCGAUCCAAAUGACGUGGACGUUCUGUGUGAUCGUGCUGAAGCGUACUUACUAGAUGAGCGAUAUGAUGAGGCUAUCGAAGACUUCCAGAAGGCUCAACAAAUAAAUGGAGAGUCCAGGCGUGCACAAGAAGGUUUGGAAAAGGCCCAAAAGCUGAAGAAACAAGCCGGAAAGCGAGAUUAUUACAAGAUCCUCGGUUUGAAGAGAAACGCAAGCAAGCGUGAUGUGACCAAAGCGUACCGAAAACUGGCUCAAAAAUGGCAUCCAGACAAUUUCAACGACGAAAAGGAAAAGAAAAAGGCCGAGGCGAAGUUUAUCGACAUCGCUGCUGCCAAGGAGGUCCUUUCAGACGACGAGAAACGAGCGCAAUUUGAUCAAGGAAUCGAUCCUCUCGACCCGGACUCAAAGACGGGUGGUACGCAUUUUCAUCACGGCUUCCCGGUGAUAUUCAUGUUCCGAGAGGGUGGAGGACCGUUCAGCUUCAAGUUCAACUUCUAG